GCAUCGCUCGCUCUCAGCUGGUGUUGCGACCACACAGCCAGGCUCUCCGCUUGUUGUUUGGUACUUCUGGUGAACUUUAUCUCCGGCGUGUGUGUGUGUGUGCUGCGUUGCGCAUCACUGCUCCUGAGGGUUUUGGAAAACGUGCUGCUGCAAGAUGGACUGAAUUGCAACAACUCAGCAAAGUGUGGAUACUUAGAAAAAAGAAGAGGUAUUUCUGUAGAGAGCAACCUUUCUGAGGGUUGAAUUACCAUCAUGGAAGAGGACGACGGGCAUCAUGAGAACGGUAUCCACGCCACCAAGGACUCGGACCGACAGCAGCGGCUCAGGCUUUGUGUUUUAAAUGAAAUACUUAACACCGAGAGGGAUUAUGUUCGGACAUUGCUUUUCCUUCAGUCGGCAUUUUUGCAAAGAAUCAGACAAACUGCAGAUGACCAACAGUGUCUCUCACCAGACCAUGUCAAGAUUCUGUUUUCAAAUAUUGAGGACAUCCUGGAGUUGCACAAAGAGGUGUUGUCUGCAGUGGAGGCCAGUCUGCAGCCCGAACCCCACCCUCAGCAUGCACUGGGACACGUGUUCCUCCAGUUUAGGGAGAGUUUCUCCGUGUACGGCGAGUACUGCAGUAACCAUGAGAAGGCUUUGCGGCUUCUCAUGGAGCUCAACAAAAUCCCCAACAUCAGGACCUUCUUGCUGCACUGUAUGCUACUCGGAGGGAAGAAAAGCACAGAUAUUCCUCUGGAGGGUUACCUUCUCUCUCCCAUUCAGAGGAUCUGCAAGUACCCCCUGCUGCUGAAGGAGCUGCUGAAGCGGACCCCUAAGAAGCAUGCUGACUAUCCAGCAGUGGAAGAGGCUCUGCAGGCCAUGAAGGCUGUCUGCUCCAACAUCAAUGAGACCAAGAGGCAGAUGGAGAAACUGGAGGCUCUGGAACAGCUGCAGUCCCACAUUGAGGGCUGGGAGGGAACCAACCUGACAGAUAUCUGCACAGAGCUGUUGCUUCACGGAAAUCUCCUUAAAAUCUCAGCAGGCAAUAUCCAGGAACGUGUCUUCUUCCUGUUCGACAACCUUAUGGUUUACUGUAAGAGAAAGUCCAGGGUUUCUGGAAAGAAGUCGACCAAGAGGACCAAGUCUAUCAACGGGCCCCUCUAUGUGUUCAGAGGCCGAAUCAACACUGAGGUGAUGGAGGUGGAAAAUGUGGAAGAUGGAACAGCGGACUAUCACAGCAACAACUACACAGUGACUAACGGAUGGAAGAUCCACAACACUGCUAAAAACAAGUGGUUUGUCUGCAUGGCCAAACAUGCAGAGGACAAGCAGAAGUGGCUGGACGCCAUCUUGAGGGAACGGGAGCAGAGAGAAUCUCUCAAGCUUGGAAUGGAGCGGGAGCCCUACGUGAUGAUUGCAGAGAAGGGGGAGAAGCUCUACCACAUGAUGAUGACCAAGAGUCGGCACCUGAUUAAGGAUCGGCGCAGGAAGCUCAGCAUUGUACCCAAGUGCUUCAUGGGAAAUGAGUUUGUGUCAUGGAUGAUAGAGAGCGGAGAGAUCAGUAAGCCUGACGAGGGGGUUAACCUGGGACAGGCCUUGCUGGAAAAUGGCAUCAUUCACCAUGUGUCGGACAAGCACCAGUUCAAGAACGAGCAGGUGUUGUACCGAUUCCGCUACGACGAUGGUACCUACAAGGCCCGCAGUGAGAUGGAGGACAUCAUGUCUAAGGGCGUCCGGCUGUACUGCCGCCUUCACAGCCUCCACACGCCUGUUAUCAAGGACAGAGACCACCAUCUGAAAACCUUUAAAUCUGUGGUGCCUGCCAGCAAACUGGUUGACUGGCUACUUUUGCAGGGAGACUGCUCGACCCGAGAGGACGCCGUGACGCUGGGUGUGGGGCUCUGCAACAAUGGCUUCAUGCACCACGUCCUGGAGAAGAGCGAGUUCAAAGAUGAGUCCCAGUUCUUCCGUUUCUAUGCGGACGAGGAAAUUGAGGGAACCAGCACCAAGAGCAAGCAGCUCCAGCGCAAUGACUUCAAACUCAUCGAAAACAUCUUGGCAAAGUCCCUGGUGAUUCACCCUGAGGAAGAAGACUACGGCUUUGAGAUUGAGGAGAAAAACAAGAGCAUUGUGGUGAAAUCUGUCACCAGGGGCUCACAUGCUGAGAUGGCUGGCCUGCAGGUGGGCAGGAAGAUCUACACCAUCAACGAGGACCUGCUGUUCCUCAGGCCCUUCUCCGAGGUGGAAACCAUGAUCGGCCAAGCCUUCUGCAUACGACGCUCCCUGCGGCUGCUGGUCGCCACCAAGGCCAAGGAGAUUGUGAGGAUCCCUGACAACCCAGACAGCCUCUCCUUCAGACUCUGUGGCUCUGCCCCUCCUCAUGUCCACGCUGUCAGGAAAGGCUGGGAGGCGGUGGGGGCGGGUCUUCAGCCCGGCCAGGUCAUCCUUAAGGUCAACGGCAACAACGUCAACCGCAGUGACUACCAGGAGGUCCUGGAGCACUUCACCGGGCAGCGCACACACCAGGAGCCUCCCCAAGCGUGUCAGUGGGUGUAUCGUACAUUUGAGGAUGUGGAAGAGCUCCAAAGAGAAAGAGGUGCAGGUGAGAAGGAGAGCCCUUUCAGUCCUUAUCCAAUGGAGAAUGGUUCUGACCACGAGGAGAACGGCACCAAUGGAACAGACCACCGGCUGGGCACCCUUUCCCUCUCUGAUGGGUUGCCUCUGGUUAGUAUGACGGUAGAUAACGUCCAUCUGGAGCAUGGCGUAGUCUAUGAAUAUGUCAGCACUGCCGGCAUCAAGAGCCACGUCCUGGAGAAGAUGGUGGAACCCAAAGGCUGCUUCAGCCUUACUGCUAAGAUCCUGGAGGCAUUUUCUGGCGAUGACAGCCUCUUUGUUCGCAAUUGCAGCCAACUGAUCUCCCAGAGUGACCGAGUCGUUACCAUGCCUCAGUACGAGUUCAGACAGAUCUGUGACACCAAGUUGGAGAGUAUCCGACGGCGUAUCAGCAGCUAUCAGCAGUUUGCCCUGGAGCUGAGGAACAAGGCGUGGCCCUCCUUCAGACAGGCCGGCGGUCACCCUCACCCACUGGGCUGCAUGGACUUUGUUCCCACCAACUGCCACAUCAACUUCAUGCAGGUCUCUUACCCAAAGAGCACUACCACUGCUGGCAGGACUUUCAGUAUCCGCUUUGGGCGCAAGAACUCCAUGUAUGGCCUGGAUCCUGACCAAGCACAACUGAACCCCAUGUCCCACACCCAGCAUUGUUUGACCAGCAUGGGAGCUCCUUCCUGGAACUGCUCUGGCCUGGAAGGGGACGAGGCAGACUGCAGCAGGGAGGUGACCAUGGAUGGAGGCGAGGGGUUGAUGGACAGUCUGCGUGGUGGCCACGGAGAUGGCGGUUUGAGCUUCCUGCUCAAACAGGAAGACACAGAGACCCAGGACUCCUACAUUCACUUGUACAGCCGCCUGGAUGUUGCUGUAAGGGAGAUGAGGCAGUAUGUCGCUCAGAUCGAUGUCCUCUUGUCUUCUAUCACCGAGCCCACGCAACUCCAGGGUGAGGGUGGGGAGCCUCCGGUUUACGAAUCAAGUCAGCCACCCUCUCUGGCCCCCUGCGAGGAUGGCUGCGACCAGGACAAAGUGGAGCAAGGCGGCAUUAAAAGGGUCUGCUUCAAGGUAAACGAGGAGGACCAGGAAGACUCGGGACAUGACACAAUGAGCUACAGGGACUCCUACAGUGAAUGUAACAGCAACAGAGAUUCAGUUCUGUCCUACACCAGUGUGCGAAGUAACAGCUCUUACCUGGGGAGUGAUGAGAUGGGAUCAGGGGAUGAGCUGCCGUGUGACAUGAGGAUUCCCUCAGACAAACAGGACAAACUGCACGGCUGCCUCGAGCACCUUUUCAACCAGGUUGAGUCUAUCAACAGCCUACUCAAAGGACCUGUCAUGACCAAGGCCUGUGAGGAGACCAAGCACUUUUACUCUGACCACAGCCAACCAGAGUUCCGCCAAACAGAAGAUUGGACGGUUCGUUGUCGUUACAUUAUCCACAAGAACAUCCAGGAGGACCCUUGGAACCUGCCUAACUCUAUCAAAACACUUGUGGAAAGCCUGCAAAGAUUUGUGGAUGAUGGAAAGAACCAGCUUCUCCUGGCUCUGCUGAAGUGCACAGGUAGAGUAACAUGUCAGUGUUUAAUAGAAACCAGUUCAUAUUCAAAGCAAGGUGCUGGUGAAUAAUCAAACUAGAUAAAACCCAGUUCUAAUUUUCCAUAAAAUUACCAGAUGAGUUGUCAAGACAGGCUGGUGCAAUCACUCCGCAGAAGUCAGUCUCAAGCAGAAGGAAACGUCUCAUAACUGGAGUAUUUUAAAUGAUUCCAACAGUUUAGAGCAAUUUGCAAAUGAGAUCAUCUAUCAUAUGAAAAUACAGCCAGUUCUACACCAGGACAUCUGCAAUUCCUUAAAACAUCUUCAACGGUUAUUCAAUUACAACAAAAAUAUUUAUUUUAAAUAUCUUUAAUAC